AUGGAGGGCAAGCAGCUUUCAACCUUUAUUGUCGCUCUUGUGAGCUUGCUGGUCACGACUAUUGUCGUCAUCGUAAGAUGCAUUGUUCGUACUUCUAUCAGAGGUUUUGGUCUCGAUGAUGGAGCUAUGGCAAUUGGUCAGGUGCUAUUCUUCGGAACAUGCGUAGCAGUCAUGUACGGAUGCAAUCAAGGCAUUGGUGUCAGAGACAUCUACUUGACACCAGAGCAGCUUGUCAACGCUAGACACUCCGUUCUCAUCUUCCAAUGCUUCUACCUCAUCUCUCUCAUUUUCGUCAAGAGCAGCAUUUGCUUCGCACUGCUCCGCAUCACUCCCAACAAGCAGAUCCGCCAAUUUCUUUACUUUAUCAUCUUCCUCUCUUUCUGCUGUGGAUUCGUCACCAUGGUUGCAUGCUUGGCCAUCUGUGUACCCGUCUCGGCCUCCUGGACUGGUGUCGGAAAGUGCGCGGCUCCCAAUGUUCUGAAGUGUGUUGCUGUGUACACCACAGUGUCUUCAUGCAUUACGGAUUUUUCCUGCUCCAUUCUUCCUUUCGUCAUUCUGUGGAAUCUUCAAAUGGCCAAGAAGCUCAAGUUCACUUUGGCUGCCAUCCUGAGUCUCGGUUUCCUUGCCAGUGCCGCUACAGUCGUUCGCGCAUUCUACUUCAACCGCUUCCUUGCCACGGUAGACUACGUCUGGGGCUUCAGUGACCUCAUGAUUUGGAGUAUCAUCGAGGAUCUUAUUGCCAUUACUAUCGGCAGUGUACCCAGCUUGAAGCCUCUCGUUGCACGCUUCAAGUUCAUGUCAUCAGUAUCUUCCACCCGCCGUGCCGGCAAGAAGACUGGCGAGUACCAGAACUGCGAAUCCUACAACAUGCACACUCAAAGCAAGAGCAAGAACCAGACCAGAGUUAUCACCACUGCUGCUGAGGAGAGCGAAAGCAUGAAGGAUCUUGUCAGAGAGGAGGGUAUCACCAUCAGUCAGGAGUUUAGGCACGAGGAAGAGUACGAGUACCAUGACAGAAAGCCCGGUGUUGAUGUUUAG